ACAGUAUGUCUUGGGGCCUUUUGGUUUUGCUGUUGCUGGUGAAUUCAGCCCUGGCCAAUGGAAGAGGGGACAGAUGUCAAGAAACCCAACGACACAGGGUUGCAAGAAUAGGAGCUGUAGUUGAUCUCACUUCUCGUGUGGGAAAAGAACAAAGAAUAGCCAUGGAUUUGGCUAUCCAAGACCUUCUUCACUCGAGCUGCCUUAGAGUAAACUUAGACCUCAGAGAUUCACAAGGCAAUUCUGCCAAAUCAACUGCUGCUGCAAUCAAUCUUCUGAAUCAUAAAAAAGUUGAAGCCAUAGUUGGAACACUAACCAUGCAAGAAGCAGCUCUGGUCACUGAGAUUGAUGAUUGGACCGCAAACUUCACCAUCCUAUCACUUACUUCAAUUGCCAUAAGCCCAUCUCCAGCCUCACUUCAGCUGCCAAAUUUUCUUCAAGUAGCAAAUGACAUUGUUAUCCAUAUGCAAUGCUUAGCAGCCUUAGUUGGUCAUUUCCAAUGGAGAAAGGUCACUGCAAUUUAUGAACAAAACAAUGACUUUACUUCCUAUUCUGGAAUGAUAUCUAUCCUCUCUGAUUCACUUAAAUUAGUCAACUCAGAGAUUGAACACCAUCAAUCUUUCCCAGCCUUUUCUUCUCUCUCUGAUCCGGAUGCCUUUUUUUAUGAAGAGCUGAAGAAGUUGAGGAGCAAAAGCAACAGGGUUUUCAUAGUUACCCAGUUUUCUUUAAAUUCAGCUGUUUUUCUCUUUAAAAAGGCAGAGGAAAUGGGGAUGAUGGGCAAAGGCUAUGUCUGGAUUGUCACUGAUGAGAUUGCAAGCCUGAUCGACUCUGUAAAUUCUUCUAUUAAGUACAACAUGCAAGGUGUACUUGGCAUCAAAACCAACUUUAUGGAAACAACCAACAAUUUUGUGAAGUUCAAAACCAGAUUUCGCAGACUAUAUGGACUACAAUACCCUGAAGAAGAAGAAAACUCUAGUCCAAGCAUCAUUGCUCUUCGAACAUAUGAUACAAUGCAGGCCAUUGCUGUAGCCAUGAAAAAGGCUACCUCAAAACAUUUGUCUCAAGAAAUUGUGUCCACCAAAUUCCAAGGUCUAAGUGGCAUGAUGGAGUUCAAGAAUGGCAUGCUGUCCCCACCACCAACCUAUCAAAUCAUCAACGUUUUUGGCAGAAGCUACAGCGAGAUUGCAUUCUGGUCACCAAGCUUUGGUUUCUCAGAUGACAGGAACAAUCACAUUGAUAUGAAGAAGAGGACUCAUCAGAACUAUGUCCAUGUUUUGGGUCCAAUCAACUGGCCAGGUGGCUUACAAGCAGCUCCAAAGGGGUGGACUCUUGUCAAUGGAGAGAGACCUUUGCAGAUAGGUAUUCCAGCUAAGGGUGCCUUCAAUCAGUUCGUGAAAGUAACAUAUGACCAGGACAAGAAUCGUACACACAUCUCAGGGUUUUCAAUUGACAUGUUUCAAAAAGCUUCCAAAAACCUGCCUUAUGAGUUGCCUUAUGUGUUUGUUCCCUUCAAUGGCUCAUAUGAUGAAUUGGUGGAACAGGUCUACUACAAGCGCUUGGAUGCAGCUGUUGGUGAUAUAGAAGUCCUAGCUGAGCGGUAUCAUUAUGUUGAGUUCUCACAACCAUAUAUAAGCUCUGGACUUCAGAUGGUAGUCACUGUAAAACCAGACAAGCUGAAGGAAAAAUGGAUGUUCAUGCAGGCCUUUAGCAAAACCAUGUGGUUGCUCAUGAUCACUAUACACCUUUCUGUAUGCUUUGUCGUUUGGUUUAUUGAAAAUGAGCAUGGCGAAAACCUUGAUUUAAAGGGCAUUGGGGCCAUUUUGUGGUUUUCUGUCACCGUUUUGUUCUUUGCUCAAAGAGAGCGAAUUCAGAGUAAUUUGGCAAGGCUGGUGCUGACUCCAUGGUUAGUUGUGAUACUACUAGUAACGGCCACUUUCACAGCGAGCCUCACUUCUAUGAUGACUAUCUCUAGAGUCCAGCCAUCUGUGCUCGAUGUGGAAACACUUCAAAAAAUAAAUGGAACUGUUGGAUGUAAUGGCAACUCUUUUAUAAUAAGGUACCUGAUCGAUGUUCUAGAGUUCAGACCAGAAAACAUCAAGAGAAUAUCCUCCAUAAGUGACUACCCAAAGGCCUUUGAGAACGGAGAUAUUCAAGCAGCAUUCUUCGUCGGCCCCCAUGCUAAAGUCUUCCUCGCAUGUUACUGCAACGGCUAUAUGAAAGCAGGCCCUAUAUACAAGCCUAGCGGCUUUGCAUUUGUUUUUCCAAAGGGGUCUCCUCUGGCAAUUGACAUGUCAAAGGCAAUCCUAGAUGUAAACGAGAAGAAACAAGUGGAGCUAUUAGAAAAACAAAUGCUCUCCUCCUUCAACUGUUCAACUUCACUCAACUUGAACGAUGGUCCUAUAGGUUAUGAGCCCUUUUCUGGCUUGUUUCUAAUCUCAGGUUUGGUUUGUGCAUUUGCAAUUCUGGUUACGACUGGGCGCAUAGCCAGUAGGCAUCUGCAGAAUAUGAGCUGCAUACGAGCAAUACUCAUCAAAACAAGAAUUCUAAGCUGGGCUUUUAUGUACUUGAUUCAGAGCUGCAGCAAAACUCAAAAGCAGUGCCCCACAAGCUCCUUUCUACAAGGAACAUGACCAGUACUGGUGAGAUAGUGAUUUAACACUCAUCUGUCAAAAUGUAAAUGCUUAGGGAUACAUUUCUGCACGUAAAGUUAUAGAAUAUAGAUCGAAUGAAAUGUGUAGAUGAUUAAAUCCUAUUUGAGAUUCAGUGAGAAAUGUUAUAAGCAUUA